AUGGUUCUCCUUUUAUUAAAUGUAUACGUAGUUAUUUGUGUGUGCAGACACGUUCAUAUAGACUCAAAUUGCUUUGUUAAUGUUUAUUAUUCAGGACACAUAAAAAAUAGGGUGUUAAACGUGAACAAAUAUUUAUGCCCAGAAAAGAAUUGCAGAUAUUAUUGCAGAAAAAACUGCGAAAACAAUUGGGGAAAAAAAUUAUUCCUUGUUCAGAAAAGCAAGGAAAUAAUAAUAGGUACUAGAGAUUCUCCAUUAGCAAUAAAACAGUCCGAAAAAGUGAAAAUAAAACUUUUAACGUAUUUUAAGAAAAUUAAAAAAAAUGUAAAAGUUAUUUUAAAAACAAUAAAAACAACAGGUGAUCAAAUAUUAGACAAAAAUGUUGGCUUAUUUGGUGGAAAAGGAAUAUUCACAAAGGAAUUAGAUGAGCAGUUAAUAAAAAAUAAUGUACAUAUGUGUGUGCAUUCUUUAAAAGAUGUUCCUUUAGUACUACCUGAACAUAUUCACUUGUCAUGCUUUUUAAAAAGAGAUACAAUUAAUGAUGUCUUUUUAUCAAUGAAAUAUAAAAGUUUAAGUGAUAUGAAUAAAUCAAAUGCUACAACGGUAGAAAUAAAAAGCGACGAUAAUGAUAAUGAUCGUGAUAAAAUAGAAGAACCAGAACAACAGAAAAGAAGUAGUGUGUACAAAAAUGAGCAGAAAAAUUCCUCAUGUACUGUUGCAACUUCGUCACUGAGAAGAAGAAGCCAAAUAAAAAAUAUAUAUAAAAAUGUAAAAAUAGAGAAUAUAAGAGGAAAUAUUAAUACAAGAAUAACAAAAUUGUUUAAUGGUCAAUAUGAUUCUAUAGUAAUUGCAUUGUGUGGCUUGGAAAGAUUAUUAACAAAGGAAAUAAUUCAAGAUAUUAUAAAAAAUAAGAAAAGUAGCAUACCUAGUAAACAGCACAUAAUUAGCUAUAAUAACACGGAUAUUGAUUUAAGUCUUUUUAGUAUUCAAAAAAUAAGUACAAAAAUUAUUUACCCUGCUUUAUGCCAAGGUAUUAUAGCAGUUACAUCAAACGAUGAAAAUUCAGAAAUUACACACAUUUUAAAGAGUAUAAAUGAUAAAAAAUCGGAAAUUAUGGCGAACAUAGAAAGAGCAUUUUUAUAUCAAACUGAAGGGAAUUGUAUGAUGCCUAUUGGUGGGUUUACAAAAAUUGUAAGAAAUAAAAUUUUUUUUAAUGCAAUUAUUAAUGAUAUUCAUGGACACGAAAAAUAUAAAGUCAAAGAAAUUGGACAUGCAUCCAAUUAUAACGAUAUUGCAAUAAGAGCAGCAAGGAAUAUAAAACAGAAAAUGGGUAUUGAAAAAUUCAGAAAAAUAAAAGAAGAAGCAGCUGUGUUUUACACAGAAUAA